ACUCGAUACAGCCCUUAGCCCAUAGGAGUACGCAACAAACUACAAAACUCGCUGACAUGCCAUCCGAUCAAAAGCCUCGUGUAUUCGGGUAUGCAGCAUCCGAUAUCGACGCCCUGUGUCGGACUGCAAGCAGUCUGCGACAGGACAUUGCAUGCACCUGUAACCUCAAUCAACACCCCGCAAGUGGGUGCUUCAACUGGGCCGUCUUUCUCACCUUUGAAGAUGGCGUCCAAUGGGUUAUGCGGUCCCCACACACCGGCUAUGCUGCGAUACCAAUGGAACUCAUUGCAAAAAUGUUGGAAAGUGAAGCGGCCACUUUAAAGAAGCUUUACCCCAAACGACAUCGGGAUCCCAUUCAUCUUGAUGAGCAAAGCGCCUGGCUGGCAACUAGCACAAGCCUGGAAAGAACCAGGGUUUGGAAAGCCUGAGCUGGCGGCACAUCUAAAAGCCAAAGUCGUUCGUCAGCUGGGAGCCAUGACCUACAAACUCUCCCAAUUACGCUUCGCUCAAAUAGGAUCGCUCUUGGAACGGGAUGGAGUUUUCCGAGUGGGUGAAUGUCUCUCGUGCGGCCACAUCCUGCACGAUCGGCACUCUCUUGAAGAUGUCACGCGAGGACCAUUUACCACGGAGACGCCGUUCUUCGACAGCCUCAUCGCGGCGUUGAAAGAACAUGCCGAAGUCCUACCACUGUCUCCCCACUGUUUCGUCGCCCCAAUCCCUAGCCGUGGGGAUUAUGAGUCGAUUGAGCAGUACCAUAAGGCACGCAAUCUGUGGAAUGACUUUGUCACUAUUGGAAACAAGAUUGAUUCAUCCGACAAUAGGCUCGACUAUAUUGUGGUUGCAGAUGCCCUCAGAAAUCUCAUCUCAGUAUGGCGAUCACAAUUGCCAAAGACUGAUACGCAGUCUUUUCCGCUAUGUCAUGCUGACCUGAGCAUCAAUAAUAUCUAUGUUGACGACGAUUACAACAUUACAUGCAUCAUUGACUGGGGAUUCUCCUCAACUGUCCCGGAAGCUAUGAUGUUGAUUCCCCCAGGUCUGCCACAGUCUCGUGAUGAGCUAAAUGAAUCUCUUGUUGCUGCUUUCAGGAACGGGUUCGUUUCUGCCGUCUCCAAAAGCACGAAUCUAGAACGGAGCGAGAUUCGUGAUAAUGCAGCCAGCAUCCUACAGCAGAGAUGCUCCUGGUUGUUAACGCGGCUUCUCAAUUUUGACUCUCUCAAUGACUACAGCCUCUUUGCAGCAGCGUGGAAACAUACAUACGGCCACGAGGGAGAUAUCAGAGCAAAGAUCGUCGCCUCACUAUGUACAGUUGUACAGCGAAAUUAAAAUAGACGACGAGCCGUUAGAGAAGACCAAAAAGGCAGAGCGUGGUUACUUUCGAGAUAGGAUAUUCAAAGAAACCAUCGCAAGAAAGUUGACGUUGGUAUCACAGUGGAAGAUCCAAUACACGUCAUCCCAUCAGGGUCUGCGAAAAGAGGGCGAGCUGUUUGUCACUGAUUCCAGGCUAUGGAAAUGGAUCUUGGAAUUUAUGCAACAGUGGGAGGAGAUUACUGAUACGAGGUUUCUAUAGCAACAUUUGCCUUGACCA